GUGACCUUGGUGCGUUACGUAAAUUCGUUUUGUGGCUCUUUUGUACAAUCGGUUCGUGUAGACUGAUUUACUUGUCUUAGAGUAAGAAUUUCACAUCUGAUUGAUUUUUACUAUUCUUUAAGUUGUGAAAUCUCAAUCACUCAAUUCAGUUAAUGAAAACAUUAACACUUGGAUGAUGACAACACCUAAAGUCCUCUAUUUAUUAUAUGAGCUUGAAUUAUGUUAGAGGGCUUUGGUCCAGUUACUCCAUAAUUUGUUAGACUCCAAUGAGUUCCGCGUAGACAAUUUUUGCGUAUGAUUUGUCUCUCGAAUAGAUCAACUAUGGUAAUAAUCCAUCCGAUAGUUGGCCAGCCAGUGAGAAAAUCUGUGUGCCAGAAGGGUCAGAGUUUGUGAUUCAGUACAUGGAUCCUUUUCAAAAGCGAGAUAAAAUUCCACGGACACCACCUGGUCAGUCUUUUGUGGACAGAUCUUACAUCUUUGAUGGUACAACAAAUGGUGACUGUUCUAUUUACGACGAGUCGGGUAAUCGGAGGACUUCUGUUUUUGAUACAGCUAGAAAAUACACUCUCACUUUUGAUAACUAUGGGAACACAAGCCUUCGAACUUCAUGUGACAUAGUUUCACUCGAUAUUUCUUUGUCACUGAAACCAAAUAGAAUUUCUAAAAUCGGUGAUUUGCGGACAAGUUCACAUAUGGCAUCCUCUAGACAGUAUGGAUUGUUCACAUCAUCACCUGUUAAUGAGUCUACUCCCCGUCCAACUAAAUAUCCCCAGAAGGAAUGUAAUGAACAAACAGUUGCUAAUUACACAUCUCUAGAUAAGGAGAAUAUUUCACCAUCCAAAGAAGUAUGUCCAGAGAUUGCUACGGUUAAAAAGUGUCAUGCCAAGAGAAAACGUGAAAUUUCACCUGAUAGUUCAGUCGUUGAUUCAUCGGUUCAAUCAACUUUUGCCGUUCCUCCGACAGUUCGGCAGCUUCGACCCAGACGCAAGGCAACUCCUGUCGUCAGUGAUCAGUCAUUGUCUCAUCAGUCUGAAUGUUUAGUGAUGACGAAAAGUGCCCAAAAGAAUCCAAAUAUGAGGUCAACAAAAAGGUAAGAUUUUGUAUAACAUGAUCGUCACAAAGUCCCAUAAAAAUGUAAGUGAUGUCUGCAUAAAUUUAGAAGAAAGAACUAGGUAAGGGUGUCUAAGGCAAACGUGAAGUAAGUCCAUGAAACCAUUGGCUAUUGAACUAAGCUAUACAUAUAGGUACAUACUACCUAGUUGGGCUCCAUGCGAUUAUUGUGACCAAGGGUUAGAGACUGAGUGACUUGACUCAAAAUCGUUCAAAAUGGUCCUCAUGUAGGUUCCAAUUCUUAAUUAUUCACUGUACGAAUCCAUAUUUUCUUUUCGAACGAUAUCUUGUAUGAUUCAUCUUUGUCACCUCUGUUAAUGCUAUUUCCGCACAUACCAUUGCCACAUCUGGUUAUGCUGUUGUGGUGUGCAAACUUGAACCGACGCACACAUGUCCUAUGUUAUGUUCAGCUAACUAAUUCAUUCACCCUACAUGUAAAAUUUAUUCUGUAAAGCUUAUCAUAAAUACAACUGAUCUGAUUAAAGUAAAAUAAUUUGAUAUAUUUGAUCCGUUUAAGCAAACAAACUAAUUCGUCUCAUCUGUCUGAAGUAAUGAAUUCCCCAGUAGUCAUUGCCGAUCCUGUAACCCCUCCAACACUUGUUCCUCGACACAGGCGAUUACAGCCAGCCAAUACUCAGAGAAGACGACGUGCGAAUGUUAGCACUUCAUCUACUUUGGAUCACAGCAAAAUGUCAACCUCUAAUUCAACUGAAAAUGACUUAAGUAUUCAUCAGCCAUCUACUGUUCGGGUAUGUUGGUACCUUUUAAAAAAAAACUAUUUCUUUUUGCAUAUCGUACUUUAAGUUCCAGUCAUUCGGAGGUUGAUUAUGAAUACAGGGGUCUUGAGUGCUGUUAGAGGUAUGAGGGCGAUUAUCACUUCCCGGUUGCCCACACCGUGAAAGGGUUGUUCUGGAGGUACCUGAAAAGGAAAUUGGAUUAGAGGUGGUUUUAGUGACCUGGGAGUGUGACCGCAGUGCCCAAGGGACAACUGCUUGAAAUCAAUCACACACGACCUUUUUAUGGGUAAUUUUUGUGUUAGCUCCGUACUUUUUGGGACCUUACCGCCGGAGACGGAUAUCCGUGGGAUAAGGCGAGGUGUACGUUUUUAGGGUCGACCUUUUCUGACCCCGCCCCUCCUUGUGGGAAGGCAGCAUCGCUGUCAUGCUGGUUGUCUGAAGGAAACACCUUACUGCUGUCGCACCUCUGUACAGUCAGCAGUACGACUUCGCCUUCGGACCUUGGGUUUGUUGCUUUUAGUCUUACCGCUCUUCACUCGACCUGUCUGACAUGGUAGGACCUUGAUGAACAGUUGUUCCAGCCAGUAUAGCUCGGUUGCUUCAUCACGAUAGGCAAGCCCGACCACCACGUCAAGGUAACAACAACGGUCGGGAAUUUAAGCUUCAGUAUUGGUCAGAUAGAAUUAAAAAUUAGUCACAUCUUAAAGAUUGUUUUGUAGUGAUCCAGUAGUCUGAAUCGGUUUUGAAGUACGCUGAAGUGAUUUCAAAUGGUCACAUCUCAAAAUUUAAACAUCUUGUUUAUUUUAUAUUCUAGGCUGGUAUUGUUUGUAGAGAACGUUUCAACGGCUUUAUUUUCAGUGCAGUCUUGUAAAAGCACUUGCGGUAUAUUCAGGUCGGAUAAACCAGCCAAGGCCAUUCCCAUAACCGAUUGUUCCCGCUGUUCAAACUUUGGUUUAGGAAAUCACAUGUCACAGUUAUCAAACGAGUCAGCAAUCUGCUAUGCAAUAUAUUCAUGCUCAGAGAAAAUUUAUGGAUUACCAGUAUUUCGUCGUAUGUGAAACAUUCUCGAGUAUGUUAGAACAUUCUAGUGAGCACUAAUCAAGUUAGACGCAGGGUAAUAAGCGAUUCCAUUGGUGUAGUUGUGAAUCGUCAUCGACUGAGGUUGUUGGGACAUGCGUUACUCAUACCCGAUCAUCGUCUGUCUCAAUGUAAUAUCGGUUGAUGUAGUAAUAGGUUGGGGAAAAAGUGGGACCGGUCAAGUCAAAACGUGACGUCAGUCCACAAAAUAAUCGACUGUUGUUCUAAUCCUGGUUGAGUCCACCCGAUUACCACGAUUAACAAUUAAGGACAUGGAGUGAUGUAGCUCAAAAUCGGUUUGCAUAGUGAAAAUGGAUUCAGUUUUCGCCUGUCUAUUGGUUCUGGUUUUUAGAGUUUUCGUAUACUUUUUACCUCGCUAAUUCAUAGCUAAAAUGAUAAAGCAGUCGUACUAUAGGGAGGGGUAUUAAUCAUAUAAGUGUGCGUGGCCAUGUGAUAGCAUUUGAAGAGGGAGAGUGGACCCUCUUUUUGAAUAACCGGUUGUUUAAAUACUGCACUAUUUUAUAUUUUCUGAUUUAUUUUUAGAAAAAACCAAGGGUACAAGUCGCUUGUAAUAUGUGAGUCUUACCACAUGCCGAUUUAUAAUUAUAAAUUAAUUGGUGCAUCUAUAUGUAUUGAUUGCAUUUAUUUUCAUGGUAGUUUCUUUGAUGAAGUGAUAUAAUUCGAAGAAAUCACUAAAAACUGGAGUUGUAAUGCAACUACUCAGUCCCUUUAUUAAUUCUAAAGUGUUCUGUUUUGAAUCCCACAAGUCCAAAUUCAGUACCGCCAUAUUUUUCGAAAAUAACAUGUGUAUUAAUCAUCGUAUUAUAUUCUAGGAUUUAUUCGGUGUAUGCAUUUAGCAAUCGGAACCUUCAUAUUAAUAUGAAAAAACCCAAAGGUUCCUAGUUCUCUGCAUAGGGUUUGAUUGAUGAUCGUUGCUGUGAUGCUACAGACUAGGAUUAAACUUAUAUUUCUUCAUUAAUGGACGGACUAUCAUGUUUAUCUCGCAUCUUUAAAAGGUAAAUUUCUGUACGUGUUCUCACUUAUUUAAUACAUACAAAAUCUGAUACAAAUGGGCAUCAAAAACAGCAUACACCACAUAACACACAGAUAUAACAUUUC